UUGGAAGCAGUAAGUCUGCCAGAGGGGCCAGUGCUUAAUCCAGCAAGCCUUAGCUCUAUACAGACAGAGCGCACCCUCCUCCUGCGUUAUCCUGCAUCUGGCAGAGCAAGCGAGGCUGCUGCUGCUGCUGCUUGGGGAUUGCCAGGGGCAAAGCGGGGUUCGUGAUACCUCGUUGGAGAAGACGUCUAGGAUGGUAGAAAGUAGUCCGAUGGGACUAGGAGAGAAAGGGCGCUGGGUCAAGGUACACUCAGCCUUUCAUCACUCGCUGUAGAUGGAUGGUUUCCCGGCCAGGCAUCUGGGAGCACGGCUCGCUAUAGGGAGACGUCAGUGCGCUCAGGUCCCGGGUGGAAGAGCCCCCGGCCCCUCCCGCGCAGGCUUGCUUUAUAUAAAGUCCGGGGCCGCGUGGAGUCGAAGCGGCAGUGGCAGAGCUCCUGAGAACUGUCCUCCUGUCACUGCUCUCUCGGGACAACGCACUCUCAGCCUAGUGGAGCGCUCUGAGGGCUUCCCUCCAGGACCAUGCGCGGCUCCGAGCUCUCGCUCUUGCUGUUGGCUCUGGUCCUCUGCCAGGCUCCCCGGGGGCCAGCUGCCCCGGUGUCGACAGGCGCAGGUGGAGGCACCGUCCUGGCCAAGAUGUAUCCGCGCGGCAGCCACUGGGCUGUAGGACACUUAAUGGGGAAGAAGAGCACAGAUGAGUUGCCGCCCCUGUAUGCAGCUGACCGAGAUGGCCUGAAGGAGCAACUGAGGGGAUACAUCCGCUGGGAAGAAGCUGCAAGGAAUUUGCUGGGCCUCCUCGAAGCCGCGCGGAACAGAAGCCACCAGUCACCUCAGGAUCAGCCUCUGGGCAGUCUCCAGCCUACUUGGGAUCCAGAGGAUGGCAGCUACUUCAGUGAUGCUCAAAAUGCUAAGUUGGUAGACUCUGUGCUCCAGGUUCUCAAGGGGAAGGAAGAAACUGCCAGCUGAAGGGACCAUGACAAGGGCGGCUUCCAAGGAGCAAAACAAACCCCCCCAGAGACUGCCUUCUGCAAACAUUGAUUCUACUGGACCAUCAACAAGAUUCCCUUUGUGCAAUUUACUUAACUAUUCUCAUGUCAUUCAACUACAACUAAACUCAUGAUUUUUGAGCAGCAUCUUCUGGUUUGAACCUGUUUCUGUGAACAACUACCUAGGAAGAGCUUUCCAGUGAACGCUUUUUCCAGCUAGGCUUUUUGCUGAUUGGAUUUGGGGCUCCAAUCUGCUACCAUUCACAAUAAAAAGCUUCAGUAAUCACACUGUCCAAAGGGCAA